AUGAACCUCAAAAACAAUGCUAGUUCUCCAGAAGUCUUUGUGCUUCUGGGCUUCUCUGAACGACCCUCGCUAGAACCUGUCCUUUUCGUCAUUGUCUCAGGGAUUUAUGUGGUGUCCGUCUUGGGCAACAGCACCAUCAUUCUGCUUUCCUGUAUGGAUGUGCACCUCCACACCCCUGUGUACUUCUUUCUUGUCAACCUUUCCUUCCUGGACAUUAGCUUCACCACGAGCAUCGUCCCACAACUCCUGGUCAACCUCUGGGGUCCACAGAAGACCAUCCGCUAUGGAGGCUGUGUGGCCCAGCUCUAUAUCUCCCACUGGUUGGGGGCGACUGAAUGUAUCCUCCUGGCAGUCAUGUCUUACGAUCGCUACGCUGCCAUCUGCAGGCCACUCCACUACACUGUCGUCAUGCAUCCACAGCUUUGCCGCAGCCUGGCCUUUGCCUCAUGGCUCGGGGGUCUGACCACCAGCAUGGUUGGUUCCACGCUCACUAUGCUCCUGCCUCUGUGUGGGAACAAUCACAUUGAUCACUUCUUCUGUGAGAUGCCCCUCAUUAUGCAACUGGCAUGUGUGGACACCAGCUUCAAUGAAGUGGAGAUGUAUGUGGCCAGUGUCAUCUUUGUCGUCUUGCCUCUGGGUCUCAUCCUGGUCUCAUACAGCCGUGUUGCCUGGGCUGUGUUGAAGAUCAGGUCAGCAGAGGUGUGGAGAAAGGCACUCAACACCUGCUCUUCCCACGUGGCAGUAGUGGCUCUGUUUUAUGGGAGCAUCAUUUUCAUGUAUCUCCAGCCAGCCAAGAGCAACUCUCACGAGCAAGGCAAGUUCAUAGCCCUCUUCUAUACCAUCGUCACCCCGAUGUUGAACCCCCUGAUUUACACGCUGAGGAACAAGGAUGUGAAGAAGGCUCUUAGGCACAUUGUCUUAGAGAACCGCUGUGGUUUUGGAGGGACACGAGGGCAUAUUUAG